ACAAAGACAAUCCAAGCUAACAGAUAGUCUUUGCAAAUCCAAAGCAUUUGUUGGGACAGCCGCGUUGUGUGUUCAGGCACACGCCACAGAUACGCAACAAUGGUGGACCAUUUUCGGAAACGCGUAUUGUGCCAAGUACAAACUGCCAGUGCCAGACUUUGCCACAACUUUGCAGAACGCGACAGCCAACCUAGGCAAAACGCCGGCAAGUACGGCCAAUAGGACAGCAUCUCCCUUCCAAAUUCCUGAUGCGGCGUAUGAAGCUCAACGCAAACAGCUCGACGCAGCAGGGAGCAACAUGUACUGGUCAACGACUUACGCAUGGCUGAUGGUUGUCAUGGGCGUUGCCCUCAUAAUACUGAUUGCAAUUUUGCAGCGCUUGGAAGAGAUUGCCCUGCCGACAACAUGGAAAGGGGCUUCCAGGGUCGUGGCAAUCUUAAAAAAACAUGUUGUUCUUCCGGCACUGUAUGGUGGCACACAUCGUCGACGCAAGACCUUCCUCGGAUUGACACUGACGACUCCCUGGCGCCUACAGACCAUUGUUGCAAUACUCUUCCUCGGUGUCAACUUUGCCAUGAUGUUCGCUUCCAUCAAUGUGUACAACGGCAACACCAAGUACAAGACACGACUGGCCCAGUGGUCUGUCUAUACUGCCGAUAGAGCUGGCAUUCUCGCUCUGGGACAGCUUCCUUUGCUCAUUGUCUUUGCCGGUCGCAAUCACAUUUUCAUGUGGGCCACGGGCUGGUCGUUCCAGACCUUCAAUCGUUUCCACAAGCUGAUCGCAUGUACCUUGACUGCUCAUUGUGUCGUGCAUGCCGGACUGUACACGUACAUUGAGUAUCUGAAAGCACCACUGCAUGAAUUUUGGGAGGAAGAGUACGUACCAUGGGGCAUUGCUGGCCUGACGGCAUUGAUCAUCCUGACGACUGGAUCGAUUGCCAUUGUGCGCAACUUGUGGUACGAUGCUUGGCUUAUGUCGCACAUUGUCUUUGCUGCCGUGUCUAUCGUUGGCAUGUGGAAGCAUGUUCGCUUGGCUCACCAUGGCAAUGGAACUCAAGUCUGGAUGCCGUGGAUUUACGCGGCAACAGCACUUUGGAUCUUUGACCGUCUGUUGCGCAUCGCUCGCGUCGUCGUCUACAAUUACAGCACAGCCAUCGACAAAGAUGCGCUAUCAAGUGCUGUGUUGCUCAGCGACGAUGUCGUCAAAAUGAGGGUACCUGUUUCGCCGUUGUGGAAGUUUUACCCUGGACAGUAUCUGUUCCUGUACUUGCCAAGUCACAGCUACCAGCAAAACCAUCCGUUCAGCGUUGUGGAUGUUGAUCGAAGCACACCAAACCCUACAGCGACCAUCCUGUUUAAAGGACGCAAGGGAAUGACGAAGAGGACCCUUGAUGCAUGUCUCUCGCACUCGAGUGAGACUGGGUCGCCAUUGCAGUUGCGCGCGUUGGUCGAAGGGCCUUAUGGUACACAACCUCGCCUGGAUCACUACGACAACGUGAUUCUUGUUGCUGGUGGUAUUGGCAUUACAGCGAUGAUACCGUUCCUCAUGUAUCUUGCAGAGACCCCUAUUCGACUCACAUCGCGCUCAGUCGUUCUUCACUGGAUCUUGCGAGACACUGAGCAUGCGCACUGGUUUGCUGACGAGUUUGCACGCGCAAUCGCUGCACAAUCACACAAGAAGAAUUUGCUUGUCAAGAUCGUUGUGCAUGUGUCAAAGAAUCUAGCGUCGUCUGCGUCCUCCACAGAUGGUGCAAGCAGCAAGGAGAAACACUUUGCGGUGGUGACCACACCGGUGGAUCUGCCGGAGCAAGUCGUGGUUCAACAGGGACGGCCUGUCCUCUCGAGCCUACUUGCAGCCGAGUUGGAGGAGGCUGUUCAAGGCUCCCACAGUGUAGUUGUCAGCUGCGGGCCUCCUACCCUGGGAGACGAUUGUCGAGCGGCCGUCAUUGCAGGAUUGACAGCUUCAGCGCAUGUUUCUUACAUCGAGGAGAACUUCAGCUGGUAGAGAGCCAGUCAUUAGCAUAUAUUGGUGUAGCAUACUUUGCCUGUAUCAAUAUCGAUAUCCCACUAUAGCUAGCACUGGUUGUAGUGUGUUCCCUGCUUACAUCAUCGUUCGCGGGUUUGUUUCA